AUGGUCGUCGACACGGCCUACUACGACACCUUGGGUGUCCAGCCCACGGCCUCCGAGCUGGAGAUCAAGAAGGCUUACCGCAAGCUGGCCAUCAUCCACCACCCUGACAAGAACCCCAACGACCCGACCGCACACGAAAAGUUCCAGGCUAUCGGCGAAGCAUACCAGGUGCUGUCCGACAAGGAGCUGCGCGGCGCAUACGACAAGUUCGGCAAGGACCAUGCCAAGCCUCAGGAGGGAUUCGCCGACCCGGCCGAGUUCUUCACGUCGAUAUUCGGCGGCGAGGCAUUUGUCGACUGGAUCGGCGAGAUCAGCCUGAUGAAGGACCUGACGGCGACCAUGGACAUCACCAUGAAGGAGGAAAUCGAAGAGGCCGAGGCCCAGGCCCAGGCAGAGGCUGCCGCGCAGGAGGCCGCUGCGCAAGGCAACGAUGAUUCCGACUUCCCGGGCACCGAAGAGGCCAAGAAGGCGAGCUUGAAAGAGCAGGCCGCCGCCGCCGAAGGUGCCGCUGCGACCGCCCCGCCACCGACAGUAGUCGUCGAGGACGAAAAGGGUGCCCCUCAGGCGCCCCCUACUGGUGCCGCACCGACGCCGCCCCCUCGAUCGAAUGCCACGUCUCCGGCGCCGUCGUCGAGCUCUCGAAGCCGAACACAGAUCCCGCUCCGGCCGGCCCUCACCGAGAAGGCGCACAGCGAGUCCCCCGAUCGCGAGCUGUCCGAGGAGGCGCUCAAGGCAAAGGAGAAGAAGAAGGGCGGGCUCAGCAAGGAGCAGCGCGAGCAGCUUGCCGAGUUCGAGAGGGAGCGCGCUCGCGUCCGCAAGGAGCGUGUCGACACUCUCUCGCGGAAGCUGCUCGAUCGCAUUAGCGUCUGGACCGAGACAGACAAGGGCUCCGACGUCACCAGGGCCUUCCAAGAGAAGAUGCGUCUCGAAGUGGAGAAUCUCAAAAUGGAGUCGUUCGGCAUCGACAUUCUCCACGCCAUCGGCCACACAUACGUCUCCAAGGCCUCUGGCCUGUUGCGCAGCCAAAAGUUUCUCGGAAUUGGCGGUUUCUUCAGCCGCUUGAAGGACAAGGGCACGCUCGUCAAGGAUACGUGGAACACCAUCAGCAGCGCCAUCGAUGCGCAGCAGACCAUGGAGGACAUGGCCAAGAUGGAGGAGAAGGGCGGCGAGGACUGGACCGACGAGAAGCGCGUCGAGUACGAGCGCCGUGUCACUGGCAAGAUUCUGACUGCGGCGUGGAGAGGCAGCAAGUUUGAGAUUCAGAGCGUGCUUCGCGAAGUCUGCGACGCCGUGCUCUACGAUAAGAAGGUUCACCUGUCCAAGCGUCUGGAACGCGCGCAGGCUCUCGUCCUGAUAGGCGAUGUCUUCAACAAGGCUGCGCGAUCACCAGAGGAAGAAGGCGACUAUCUCGUUUUCGAGCAGCUCGUCGCCGAGGCUGCCAUGAAGAAGGACAAGGACGAGGAGAAGAAGAAGAAGGACAAGAAGGGCGGUAGCCAUCACCAUCACCACGACGCUGCCGAGGCAACGGCUGCGGACGCACCCAACGUGCCCAAGCAAUAA